AGGGGGAUGUAAACAAAACAAAAACAAACAAGAAAGAAAAAAAACAGCAGCAUGGCCCUGACGGCAAGACUUCGGCCUGGCUGGUUUUUGCAAAAGAAUUUUGCAAAAAACAUUUUUUCUACUCGUUUUGAACGUACGCUGCACUCAAGCGUUGCCGAGCUCCUUAAAAAUGAUGUCAAAGGAAUAGUCACAGUCAAGGGCUGGGUCAAGAACAUACGGAAGAUGAAAGGAGUUCUUUUCGUGGACAUCAACGAUGGGUCUGGUUCGGAAAAACUGCAGGUUGUGGUUCCGAAAGAAAUGAAGCCGGAAAACCUGGGAUUUGGAGCGUCCGUGGAGGCGUCUGGAAUAAUUUCACUUAAUUCGUACAAUAUGAAGGAGAUAAAAGCCGAGCACUUUCAACUGAUCGGUGCUUGUGGUGAUCCAAAGUCUGGUUACCCUUUUGCUGCAAAGGAACGUUACUCGGAUGAUUACGUCCGACAAUAUCUUCACCUUAGACCUCGACACCCAUCAUUUGCAAGUAUUUUGAGACUACGCGAUGCUGCCAUGAGAGGACUGCACAAUAUUUUAGGCGAAAUGGGCUACAUCUGUGUGAAUACGCCAAUUUUGACUUCCAAUGACUGCGAAGGUGCCGGUGAAGUGUUUAAAGUUCAGCCUCUCAAUCAGGAACAUCUCAAAACAUUGCGAAAACACGGAGUGCCAAGCGAAGAAGCGUACUUUAACUGUGAAGCAUUUUUGACUGUGUCUGGUCAACUUCAACUGGAAGCUGCAGCCAUUGGUCUUGGUAAAGUUUAUACUUUCGGACCUGUUUUCCGAGCAGAAAAUUCAAAAUCAAGACUCCAUCUCUCAGAGUUCUACAUGUUGGAAGCAGAAAUUGCAUUUAGCUCAAAUUUGGAAGACUCCAUUGAUUUAACAGAGAAGUUGAUUAAAGGCGUUACCAGUAAAUUAUUAAAAUCGCGCCGCAGCGACCUUGAAUUUUUGAGCAGCUAUUCACAGUGCGACCUCCUUAAGCGACUUGAAGGAAUUGCUAAUGGUCCAGCAUUUCCAAGACUGACGUACGAUGAGGCUGCAAAGAUAAUUCAGAAACACGAGGGUGAAUUCACAGUAAAGUUGUUACCUGGUGAAAACCUUAAGAAGGAGCAUGAACUAUUCUUAAGCAAUUAUGCUCUAAAAGAAAUGAACCAGGACCUUGUGUUUGUAACUCACUGGCCUGCUGAUAUCAAGCCAUUUUAUAUGAAGCAAAAUGAAAACAAUCAGGCAUUGGCAUUUGACUUGUUAGGCCCUAUUUGUGGUGAGCUUUGCGGAGGGAGCGUUCGUGAGCCGAACGUCCAGGUUUUGGAAGACCGUUUAUUAAAAAUCUUUGGCAGUAAAGAAGCCCUAAAGAAUCUUGAUUGGUACUUGGAUAUAAGAAGAAAUGGCAAUGUUCCGACGUCAGGAUUCGGCAUUGGAUUCGAGAGACUUUUGCAAUGCGUGCUAGGCGUCCCUAACAUUAAAGACGUUCUUCCAUUUCCACGAGGGCCCCAUAAUUUGAAAAUGUAGCAAGAUAAAUCAAUGCACCUGUAUAUCGCAGUGUCUUCUAAUUCAUCUUUGAUUUCGAUCAACUGGAACGGCAAGAAGUCUGUUUGGGAUAAACCCAAAGAAAUGCUAGUCUCGACUUGGAUUUUCCGGGAUUGAUAUUUUUUGAGUUGGUUCCUGUAGAUAUCAUAAACACACGGAUUGCAUCCCUCACCACAGCAGUCUUCAGCCUUUGGCUCUUCAGGUUCUAAGUCAUCUUCGUCCACCGAAAUUUUGGAGCCUUCCAUAAUAAAUCUAAAAAAAAAGACGUAGUAAUCAAUCUGUUCCUAAAGAUACUUCAUAUUAUUUAUAUGUCAACUGGAAGAAGUGUUAUUUUGAUUAUUUUUAUUUGUGUGAUAGACACCCAGCUAUAGUUCAAAGGUCAAUAUCAAAUUUUAGGCUAGGGAUUACAAAAAAAAAAAAAUGCCAAGAU